CGAAAGGCGCAGUCAGUUUAGUACGAGCCAUCGAGCAACAAAGAUGGGCGACUAUCCCCGGUCCAACUCGAGCAUCAAGCGGUUGAAGGAAAAGGCGGACAUUGCGGACUUUAUCUUGAAGCCACUCGAUGAGGACGACGAUGGACCGACUCCGUCCAUGAAGGUGAAGAAGGCGAUCAGGUCGCGGAGGAGAGCGACGCGGAACAGGACGGCGGUGGACUUGAGCGAUCCGAGGAAUUGUUUUGUGAAACCGUCAGGAUCGUUGAUUCCCAUACCCAUUUCAGAGCUGAAGCCAAAGCAUGCGUUUCCCAAGGAUCCCGAGGCAGAGAGCUUGCUGGGCGAAAAGAGAGUUAGUAUUAUUAGUUCGUUCGAAACGGUCAAGUGGAACUUUGACAAGGGUGAACCGGAGGCGGAGGUCGAGCCACCACCAUGGAUGGAACCUUUCAGUUGCGAUGGAAUGUUCGAAGCGAGGUAUGAUCUCCUACCGAUGGAGUUGAUAUUGAUCAUAUUUAAGCAGAUUACCGUAAGUGACCGCAUGGCGGCUGGGGAGACGUGCAGACGGUGGAUGGAGGCGUCCUACUAUUACGAGCCAUUCCUGAACCAAACAUACUACCACUUUGAUCGUUCGGACUGUGGCGAUCAAGUGGCUCCGUUCAAGUACUUUAGCGAAGGUUUCCGAUACUAUCCCAGGCUGGUGUUUACACAGGUAGACUUUAACAAGCACAGUGACUUCUGGUUCAAUCACGGCCUUGGCAUCACGGAACUUACGCUGCGAUCGUGCAAGAUCAGGAAGAAGAAGUUCCUUUCAAUAAUGCGGAACCUGCUGAAUUUGCGCAAACUUGAGUUAAUGCAGUGUGAUGAGCUGUUCAAAAACUGGAACAUCGAGUACAACCACCAGGAACCAAUGUUCCCAUUUUUCAUGUUCUGUCUGAAGCAUCUGUCCCUCUCCGGAUGUGACUACUUCAACGAGUACCACUUUGAGCGAUUCAUAACCAUGGCGCCGAACCUGUCCUCGAUCGACGUCUCCAACUGUUUCAUCAACCUGUACCUCUCCAAACGCAUCACCAUGCUCGAUCGCGUCAUGAAGCUGAUCAACCGCAACCGGUACCUCAUGAAAUCCCUCAACCUUGCGGACACCCCCUGCGUGGACGACUUCAUCUGGCACUGCCUCUGCGAACUGGAAUCUCUACAGCUCACCCACUUUACGAUAGCGUACAGUGAUCGCGUACCCCUCAAAGACCCCGGAAUUCUGCGGUUCUUCGGCCUUCAAACCGACCUCACCUACCUCAACCUCACCUCCUCGAUCGGACUAAGCGACGAAUGUCUGCAAAAGAUCAUCACCAGCUGUCCCCGGUUGCACACGCUGCUUAUCCGACGCUGCUGGUUGAUCAGCGACGAGGGAGUUGGCGCCACGACACUGACAAAGGAAGGAGUGGAAAUUGUGCGGCGGCCCAUGCACACCCUGGAACACCUGCGCGUGCUGGACAUCUCCAACUGCGAGCGCAUCAGCGACUUUUCCAUCCAAACGUACAUCAUCGGGAAGCGACCCCGCGAGAUGAACGAACUCCAGCUGUGCAUGCUGAACAACCUGUCCGAGUCCAGCAUCUACUACAUCGCGGUCACCUUCAAGAAUAUCCAAGUUCUAAACCUGGACAGCUCGGCCAACGCCAUCACCGACAACUCGCUGCAGUACAUCAUGUGCUACCUGACCGAACUGCGGGACCUCAACAUUGUCGCGUGCACCAAGCUAUUGGUGAAGAUCUUCAAGUACCUCCCGCAGGCCGAUCGCACCUCGGCGGGUUUUACCUGUUGGCACUGGUACGAGGCGUCCACGUAUCUAGGAUUCGCCCAGGAACGGUGUCUACACUUGGUGGGCGUCGAGUUCGAUGACUUUAAACCGCCAGUCUCGGAGCUGCUGCUGAGUUACCAUUGCUAUCCGGUGAUCAAGCUGACGCGGGUCAAACUAAACGUGUACAGCAAGUUUUGGGGGAUUUUUGGGGAGUUUAUACGGGAUAUAACGUUUGAAAAGUGUAUGAUCUGGAGGGAGCGGAUUAUUUCGGUGUUCAAGUUCAUGCCAAACUUGCAGGUGGCGCGAUUUGUCGAGUGUGACUUGCUGAGGGAUGACCUGUUCAAGAACUGGAAGUUCUUCGAGAAUGGAGUUGUGAACGUGUACUUUGACAGCGUUCUGCAUUUGAGUUUGGCGCGAAAUAACUUCAGCGUGUUGCAGUUCAGCACCAUGGUCGAGAUGAUGCCUAACUUGAGGGCGGUAGACUUCUCCAACUGCUUCCGUAACGUCGAUGUUACCAAGAAGACGCAGUUGUUGAACUGUAUUUUGACGUUCAUUCAGCAUCGGCAGAACGAUUUGAAGGAGCUGAACUUGAUCGGCGCUCCGGUAGACGAUAUCUUCCUACGAGGCAUGGUGAACGCUAGAGGAUUGUCCCUGGAAAGCUUUAGCUUGACCUACUUGGAGAAACUGCCUCAGCGAAAGCCAGCGAUCAUCGAUCUUCUCCGGGAACAAAACGAGAUUCGAACGCUUGAUCUUUCACUAUCAGCGGGCAUCACCGACUACUGUUUAGAACAGGUCGUACGGAACAUGCCCGGAUUAACUGUGCUAAAGAUCGCCGGAUGUAGUGGAGUCUCGGAUUACGGGAUCAUGCAGAUUUUCAAGCUUCGUCAGCUGAACGUUCUGGAUCUAUCCAAGUGUCGCUUUACAAAGCGCGCGAUCACCGACGGUACCAACGACAAUAACAAACCCCCGUUGAACGAACUCGUUCUAGAACUGCUGAAUCCCCUCGAUGACGAGUGCAUCAUCAAGAUCGGAUCCAGCUUUAAAAAUCUAACUGUUUUGAGCAUGGCAGGGUCAGCGUCCAACAUGACAGACUGCGCCCUUCAGCACAUCUUCCUUCAUCUCACAAGUCUCGAACAUUUUAACCUAGAGAGAAGUACCAAGCUCACGGACGCCGGCUUUACCGGCAUCGACCUGCCCCAGAAGACGUUCGCCAUCUGGGACAUCGCGGAGACGUUCUCGAUCGACCGGCUCCGGAAGCUGCGCAUCCUGAAGGUUUCCGGCUGCUACAAGAUCACCGAUUUUGCCCUGCGGUACUCGUUCCGCUUCAUGGAACUGAAGGAGCUCAGCCUAUCCCGGUGUCACCAGAUUACCAAGCAAGGCAUGGAAAAGCUCGUGACGAGCUGUCCGGCGCUGGAGUACCUGGACCUGAGCGAGUGUCCCCAGAUCAACGACUACUGCGUGGAGUUGAUAGCGCAGAACUUGAAACGGCUCAGCACGCUCAAGCUGGCCAACUGUCCGCUGGUGAGCGACGUGGCGUUGGGAUUUUUGGCGCAGUAUUGCAAGAAUUUGAAGUACCUGUACGUGCGAGGAUGUCACAAACUGCCCCCGGAUAUUAUGGAGCGUUUGGCGAAGAUCACCACACUCAGACAGGUGUACAAAUCUUGAGUUGGGAAAAAAGGUUUUGCUUUGUUCUGUAAAAUUAAAUUUGAUACAAAUAAAAACCUGAUAAUCUA